AUGAUAGAAAAAGUGAAAGCCGGCACACAUCCAGCUCGGAGAUGGGCGUGGUGCGGUACAGCCGCGCUACUAGCGGCCUCUGUGCUGUCAGCGGGCGGCGCAUGCGUGCUAGCCGCAUUGGGAUCGGCUGCGCGGGCGCGUUGCUCCCCCAAACCUCUACUUAUCAGUAAUUCUUUAGCAGUGCUAUUCAGCCUCGGUGCAAUAGCAGUAUGGCUGACGGAAUACUUUCUAAGACUGCAGCACAACGUCAUGUCGGACGAGGACCUGGCCAACACCUGGUCUUCAGACGAUACCGCUGACCUUGGAUUGUCCUUCUGGUGA